AUGCGGAAAGUUCUCUAUGUCUGCCCGGUGUGCGGGGCAUCCUCAAGUCCCCGGGCAGCGCUCCGGGUGUUUUUCCCCCAGCACGGCUGUCCCCGUGAACGUCUUUCCCCGGGGCGGGAGAGGUCGGCUGCCCCGGCCCCCCUGGCUGCCCCUGACCGGCAGCGGGACGGCGGGCUGGAUCCGCAAUCCCCAUCAGAGAGCGGCGCCGAGGCAGCGGGGCAGGAGCACGACGAGGAGGGACCGCCUGGGGACGGGACAGAGGCUAGGGACAGGACCCAAGCCGCAGCUCCUCCCGGUCCGGAGGAGCCGGUCUCACCGCGGGGUACUCGGCGGCGGCGGGCCGAAGCGGGGUGCGGCAAGCCGCGCAGGGCACGGACGGCCUUCACCUACGAGCAGCUAGUAGCCCUGGAAAACAAGUUCCGGGCCACACGGUACCUGUCGGUCUGCGAGCGCCUCAGCCUGGCGCUCUCCCUCAGCCUCACCGAGACGCAGGUGAAGAUCUGGUUCCAGAACCGACGCACCAAGUGGAAGAAGCAGCACCCGGGCGCCGACGGGACAGCCCCUGCCGCAUCAUCCUCCACGGCGGUGGCAGCGACUGCGGGAGGCGGCAGCCCCAGCCCGCCGGGCCCCGGCUCUCUGCCCUUCCAGACUUUCCCCUCCUACGCUGCCACCAACGUCCUCGUCGCGCCCUCCGCUCCCUUCCCGCUGGGCGGGAGCCCCUUCGCGCCUUUUCUCGGCCCCGCGUACCUCGGCCCCUUCUACGCCCCGCACCUCUGA